GUCUGGACAUUGUGUGCCUAGAACUCUAGUGUUGUUAUUUUCUAUACAAUACGUUAUAUUAUUAAAGUAUAUUCUGCUAUACCUACAUUUAAAAAAAUGUACAGUCAAAUAUUUUUUAAUAUAUAGUGGCUUACAUUUUGCAUAACUUAUGUAUAAACGUUUAUAUUAUAUAUUAUUGAUUAUAUUUUGAAAAAAUAUAUUUGCUUUAGUCUCAGCUCAACAUUGGCAAUGAAGGUGACAUAUUCUUAUAUCAUAUAUUCAUGUAUAAUUUUUGGAACCGGCAUUCAGUGUGACAGAAAACUCGAAAGAAGACAAACUGUAUCAUCUUGCUCAGGAAACACUGAUGAUAAUUUUAACUGUUCAAAUGGACAGUGUAUCGAAUGGCCGUUGGUUUGUGAUGGUCUUAAGGAUUGUUCAGACGGUUCAGAUGAGACCAAUGAGUUGUGUGCUAUAUACGAGUUUGGAACAAAUAUGACCAUGGAUUGUGGUAGAGUAAAUAUAAAGAACCAAAACAUAUCCGAAGAAUCAUCAUUUGCACUAGCCCCUUGGAAUGUUAAGGUACAGCAAUUGACUACAGAAUCCAGUAUUAAAUAUAUUUGUAUGGGAACAAUCAUCGCUCCAAAUAUAGUAAUUUCUGUUGGUUCUAUGUUUUGGAAUUACCUUACAACAUCUGAGCAAAUGCAAAUAAACGAUGGUCGAUUAAAAAUUAGUAAGUACUCUGACAAUGGGAAUACACAUUUAAUCAAUGUAUCAAUGAUUUACUUACCUAUAGGUUUUAACCAUACCGAUGCAAUUUUUGCUGAAAUCAAAGUUGUAAAUAUAAUAGUUUUUGUGUUAGCCAACAAAUUUUCUUUUGAUAAUGGAUUCAUGCCUAUUUGUAUCGAUUGGUUUAAUAAAUAUGAUCUACGAAAGAAAGAUCAAAUGACGUUUAUUUUAACCAAUAAAAAACCGAUGGAUUUGGUAAUACAAGGAUUUUUUCCAUACACCAACAACAUGCAUUGUACGUCAUUUAUGAAUCAUUUAAAAAAUACUAGGGUGAAUGAUGAUAAGUUAUGUAUCACAUUAAAGGAUGUUCCAGAUCUAGGGAAUAUAACGUAUGGAAUGGAAGGAUCAGGCUUUGGAGUUUUACACUCUACUUCAAAUUUUUUAAACGGGGUUUUGACUGGCUGGGUAAAACCCAAAAAUCUAGUCAAAUAUUUAGUUAUUACAGAGAUACAAAACUAUGUACCAUGGAUACGUGGAAUUUUCAGCAAACAUGUGACAGUGAAUUCAUGCGUUUUACCGACUGCUGAAGGAGUCGUAUACUCUUUUGAAGGUUCUAAUGAGACAUUAUCUCACGGGACAAUAAUUGAUCGUUACCUUAAUGUUAUUGAGAAUUGUGAAGUUGGAUAUUAUAAGUCUUAUACCAUUGGCUUUAGAUAUUGUACGGGAAAAGGAAAAUGGUUGUCGAGUUCUCAUAAACUGUGUUACAAAAUGUGUCCACCUCUAGAAGCAGAUAAUCUAGAUUUUAAAUGCACUCUUAAUGGGAAGUAUUGUAAUUGCUCAAAUCUAUCAAUACCUAACACAAUAGCAACACAAUCAUGUAAGCAAUCAUAUUUUGCAAAAUAUGGAGAAGAAGACUUUCCACCAGAAUUAGUUUGUCAGCCUAAUGGGAUUUGGAAUAACCGAUUAUAUAGAUGCAAUCCAUAUUGCGGUAAACCUAAUUAUAAGAUAAUCAAUGGAAUGAUCAACGAUAGUGAAACAGCACUUAAUGGAACGGCACCAUGGAAUGUUGGAGUUUAUCAAUUUCAUAAAACAACUUCCAAUUAUGACUUGAUUUGUGGAGGAUCUAUUAUUUCUGCAAAUUUGGUCGUUUCUGUGGCUCAUUGUUUUUGGGAAAAUGGUAUGUCAUCUAGGAACAUAUCAAUAAAUUAUGAUCUGUACAAGAUUUCUGUUGGAAAAUAUUCUAGAAACAUCACAAUUAUUGACAAUAUUGAAUUUACUAAAAUUAGGAAUGUGGAAAUUGUUUACCUGCAUGAACAUUAUAGUGGGCCUUAUGAGUUUCAUGCUAAUGAUCUAGCUAUUAUUGUGGUACGAAACAGAAUUUCUUUUAGCAUUGGUGUUGCACCAGUUUGUGUUGAUUGGAAUAAUAUAAAUACUAUACCAAAUGGAGCUAAAGGAAAGAUUGUUAUUUGGGGAAAAACGGAAAAAGGCAUUGAAAGUUCUAUUUUGGUGGAAGCAUCUUUACCGUACAUUGACCAUAAUUCUUGCCGGGAUAUGUAUACAAACGGAUUUCAAAAAUAUGUGACUAUUGAUAAGUUUUGUGCCGGUUCUGAAUCGGGACAAGAAGUGAGUGAUGGGAAUAGCGGUGCAGGCUUAAGUUUUAUACACUCUAAAUUGUAUUAUUUAACCGGAAUAGCGAGUGUCAAAGAUCCAGAAACAAAUAAUUCAGUCACAGUUUUUACAGAAAUUAGGCACCAUAUUCAAUGGAUUCGUAGACUGCAUGACAAACAUAACUAAUUCCAAUAUAAUUAUGAUAACGAUAUUAAAAUAAUUUUGUCCAAUUGUAAUUGAAAUCAAUAUUUUUUGUUAUUAUGUAGUAACCGGAACAUUAUAAAUAUUGUAAUUGACACGUAUUAAAUUCAAACAGUUUUUAGCAUAUAUACCAAUUAUGUACAAUU